AUGACAUCUCCACUAAUUAACCAUGAAUCAUUCCUCAAAUGGGAUCCUGCUCAAGUAUCAUCCUAUAUCAUUUCAAUCUUACCAAAUGAACAAGAUCAAAAGUUAAUCGGUACAACAUUCUUAGAUCAAAACAUUGAAGGAUCUUUACUACCUUUUAUAACCACAGAUCAUCUUAAAGAAUUAGGAAUAUCUAAACUACAAACUAGAUUGCUUAUAAAACGUUCAAUAUCUGACUUAAUUACUGAUCACUACUCAAAACAUCCUCCUCAAUCUUUCAAUGAUCCUGAUUAUGAAUUAAACAAUAUUAACAUAAAUAAUAAUUAUGUCUCGCUAGAAUCCCUUUCUCUUUCAACAGUGUUAAUUAAAGAUAUGAUUAAAAAAAUCAAUGGAAUCUAUCAACAACAUACUAAUGUACAGCAACAAAUUCAAUCGGGUGAACCAUCUCCACAAUCACCCACUAAUCAGUCUCAAUUAGAUCUUAAGAAAUUGAACGAUAAUUUCAUAAAAUUGAAAACAGAUCUUAUACCAGUCAUUCGACUUCUUAAAGAUACAUCGAAGCCUUUACCAACUCCAACAUUAGAUCCGGGUCCAGCCUCUAAUUUCGAUUAUCUUGAUAAUAAUGGAUCAACAGCCAAUGACGAUUCUACUUUAACUGGUCAUAAAAAUAUAUCAAGAAGUAAUAGUGUGAAUUCAAGUUCAAUUGGACAUACUUCAUCGUCUACAGCAAUAUCAAGUACAACUUUAGCAUAUAAUAAUAAUAAUAAUAAUAAUAAUAACAGUGGUACUGUGAAUGGAAGUUUAAAUUUACCUAGUCCUACAUAUUCUAACAGAUUCUCGACUGCAUCAGUUCUUUCUAUGGGAACAGGAAAAAUUAUAUCACAAACUCUACCAAAAGUUUCAUCGCAUAAUGAUUUUAAAAUAGUUAGUGUUUCAAACAGUGGUUCCAAUAGAAACCUUCAAGAUCUUGCCAACAAUAAUUCGACUCCUGGUUCUGAGUCAGUCACAAAUGGUAAUGGUGAAGUUUUAAGACCUAAAUUGGUGAAAGCUUUAAGUGGUAAUUUGCCUCCACCACUUUUAAAGUCACUGUCUUCAACUGCAGUAUUAUCAAGUAUUCAUGAUGAUUCAACAGCUAUUAUACCACAAACAGUAACUGCUUCAUCAACUCCAGCACAGGGUUCCACCACAACUACCACUCCUACGGGGCUCCCAAAAACAACAGUAAGUCCAAAAGCAGCUACAACUACAAAUGGAUCGGCAGCACCUACAUCGAGUAAUUCUAAUGGUAACACACAUCCAACAACUACUCCUACACAUACUACAAGUGCUACAACCUCUUCACACAGUAAUGAACCAUUAAAACAAUUACGUGCAUCUACUGAAGACUCGUGUCUUAAGAUCUUACAACAAGCCAUGAAAAGGCAUCACAUCCCUCGAGAUGAUUGGUCAAAGUACGUGCUUGUUAUUUGUUACGGUGAUAAGGAAAGAAUCCUUAAACUUGGGGAAAAGCCUGUAGUAAUUUUCAAAGAAUUACAAGAAUUGGGAAAGCAUCCAGCAAUAAUGCUUCGACAACUAGCUACACCAACUAAUGAAGAUGAUACUCAUGGUAAUGAUGAUGUAAGAAACCCAAUGUAUAAAGACAGUAGAAUUGGCGAUGAAAUCCCUGGAGGUACUUUAUAG